UGGUUUAACUACAUUUUGAAAAAAAAAAAAAAAAAAAAAACCCUAGAGUUCAUCAGUGACCCCUUCCCGGUCCCCAUCCGCAGCAGGAGUGUGCGAGCGCCGUCGCGUCAGCCCAAGCCAAGCUCCUCCACGGAGCUAUUUUGUCACCGGUCUGACAAAGAAAUCUCUACUCAAACCAUUUUGAAACUUGCGAUAUGUCUGGUGGUCCGGGACUUGAGUCUCUUGUAGAUCAUACAAUAUCAGUCAUAACAAAUGAUGGGCGCAAUAUUGUGGGAAUCUUGAAAGGGUUUGACCAGGCCACAAAUAUCAUUCUUGACGAAUCUCACGAACGUGUUUUCUCCACAAAGGAAGGUGUUCAGCAACUUGUGUUGGGGUUGUAUAUAAUCAGAGGCGACAACAUAAGCAUUGUUGGGGAACUAGAUGAAGAUCUUGAUUCCAGUCUCGACUGGUCGAAAAUGAGAGCUCAUCCCCUAAAACCAGUCAUCCAUUGAGUAACUUGAAAGGUAAUAGAGCUGUUGUAGAUUGUCUCGGUCAACAUCCCGCAAAAGAAUUGCCAUGACUUCAUAUAAUCAUAUGGCCUUAUUAUAGCUCUGUUGAUAAAGGGUGGUUUUUUCUUUAUAGCGCUGUUAAAAUGAAUUUUCUAUCCUGAAAUUGUUCUGAUCAUGUAAAGGACUGUUUCUGAGUUUGUUUUGAAGCUUAAUUGUGGAUGAGAAUCUGAAGUUGACAGGAUAUUUGGAUGUUUUAAUGCGAUGUUUUCUUAUCACCGGCAA